UAACUAAAGUCUUGACAGCCGGGAACACAAAUUUGUAAAAACUGUGAAAUAAUUUAUAGCCAAAUAAAAAUAUUCUUAAAACACCAUGUCGAGUGGCGCCAAAGCAGCGUUAACAAGCACAGGCACCACGUCCGCAACUGCAACUGCAACGGCGGCCAGUGCACCAUCAGUUGGUGGGAGCGGAAAUGUACAGGAGUUUAAGAUUAGAGUGCCCAAGAUGCGCAAGAAGCAUCAUGUUAUGCGUUUUAAUGCUACACUUAACGUGGACUUUGCUCAAUGGCGCAACGUAAAGCUAGAGCGCGAGAACAAUAUGAAAGAAUUUCGUGGUAUGGACGAGGAGCAGCCCAAGUUUGGGGCUGGCUCGGAAUAUAAUCGAGACCAGCGCGAGGAGGCGCGUCGCAAAAAAUUUGGCAUCAUAGCGCGCAAGUACAGGCCAGAAGCCCAGCCAUGGAUAUUGAAAGUAGGUGGCAAGACUGGCAAAAAAUUCAAGGGAAUACGAGAAGGUGGCGUUGGCGAAAACGCAGCAUUCUAUGUCUUCACCCACGCGCCAGAUGGCGCCAUUGAAGCCUAUCCGCUAACUGAAUGGUAUAACUUUCAGCCCAUUCAGCGUUAUAAGUCGCUGUCUGCUGAGGAAGCGGAGCAGGAGUUUGGACGACGCAAGAAGGUAAUGAAUUACUUUUCACUUAUGUUGCGCAAACGUUUGCGAGGCGACGAGGAGGAGGAGCAGGAUCCUGAGGAGGUCAAGCUUAUAAAGAGUGCCACUAAAAAGUCAAAGGAGCUGAAAAUUACUGACAUGGAUGAAUGGAUAGACUCGGAGGAUGAAUCCGACUCAAAUGAUGAGGAAGAGAAAAAGAAAAAAGAGCAAGAAGACAGCGAUGAUGGCUCUGGCAAGAAAGCUAAAGGUAAGAAAGGCGCAGAGAAGAAGAAAAAGAAACGGGACGUUGACGAUGAGGCUUUCGAAGAGUCUGACGAUGGAGACGAGGAGGGUCGCGAAAUGGACUACGAUACCAGUUCAAGUGAAGAUGAACCAGAUCCAGAGUCCAAGAUGGUUAAGGAUAUGAAAGGCGUUGCCGAAGAAGAUGCGCUGCGCAAGUUGUUGACAUCAGAUGAAGAAGAGGACGAAGAGAAGAAAUCUGAUGAGUCUGAUAAGGAAGAUGGAGACGAAAAGAAGAAGAAAGAUAAAAACAAGGACGAGGCCGGCAAGGAUAAAAAGAAAAAGAAGCAAGUUAAAGAUGACAAAAAGAACAAAGGCAAUGGUACCGAUUCAUCCACGGAUCUCAGCUCUGACAGUACCGACUCUGAGGAAGAUCUUAGCAAUGGUCCGCCUAAGAAGAAACCAAAUGCAGCUAAUAAAGAUAAGGACAAGGAUAAGGAUAACGCCAACAAGGCCAGCACAAGCGGUGCAACUCAAAAUAAAUCACGUUCGGCAACUCCAACGCCUACUAAUGAUGCCAGCAAGCGCAAAUUAAACAGCUUGCCAAGUGAUCUAACCGGGUCUGACACCAGCAACAGUCCCAAUAGCACCCCUGCCAAGCGUCCCAAGAAUGAGCUUAGCAAUUCCUUGCCAUCUUCAUUUGCAGGUGUCGUUAGCAACAAAGUGGAAGACUACGGUAUAACCGAAGAGGCUGUGCGCCGUUAUCUCAAACGUAAGCCCUUGACAGCUACAGAGCUGCUAACAAAGUUUAAAAACAAAAAGACUGGCGUGUCCAGCGAUCGUUUGGUUGAGACAAUGACCAAGAUAUUGAAGAAAAUCAAUCCAGUCAAGCACACUAUUCAGGGAAAAAUGUACUUGUGGAUUAAAUAAUUAAGCACUUGUGUUAAGCAAUGGAAUGAAUUAGUUAAAACUAUCUUUUUAUAAUUUGCAAAC